UCCUCAGCCAAAAAAACAAACAUGAGCACCGCACCCUAGAGUCGGACAUGACUAGACAGGGAAACCUUUAUUUUUACCUAUCAUCUGAAACUGAUUGCUGUUUAUUAUUUGAUAAUAGCAUUUAUGAACAGUAUAUAUAAUAACUUGGGAUGCAAAAGAAUAGAAGAAUGUUGAAUUUGCUUUUACUUUUUAUUUCAGAAGGCAACAUUUUCCGUCUUUGUUAAUCUAGUUUUGCCUAAUCUUUUCUUUAGAUAAUCAUGCCAUCCCCUCUUCCUCUUAAUCGUCUCCUCCACCUGGAAUUUUCUCCAUCUGUGAAUGCACGACCCUGCAGUAGCCCUUUGGUCUGUCCUGCCAAAGGAGAAAAGUUCUUUGGGGUGGGAAGUGUGUCUAGGAUUCGUCGGCUACCCCCCCACUUAGCAUGGUGUUCAAUCGAUUGGGAUCAGUUAUGUCUCUUGCAUCUCUUGGGCUCUGGUGGCUUUGGUUCUGUCUACAAGGCAAUUUACCAUGGAGCUACAGUGGCUGUAAAACAAGUGAAGAGAUGCAGUAAGAACCAUUUGGCAUCACGGCAAAGCUUCUGGGCAGAACUUAAUGUAGUACGUCUUGACCAUAACAAUGUGGUACGCAUAGUAGCUGCUAGCACAUGUACCCCUGCUAGUCAGGAUAGUUUGGGUACCAUAAUUAUGGAAUAUGCAGGUAAUUGCACUCUACAUCAUGUUAUCUAUGGGACUGGCUAUUUAACAGGAAAUAACAAUGAUAUCCUUAAAUGUGACCAUGGGUUUUUGAGUACAGCUCAGGCUGUCAUUUACUCUCAUGAUAUUGUGGCAGGGUUAAUAUUUCUCCAUUCUCAGUUAAUUGUGCAUCUGGAUUUAAAACCUGCUAACAUAUUCAUCACAGAACAUAAUGUUUGCAAGAUUGGAGACUUUGGAUGCUCCCAAAAGUUAGAAGAUAGUGAAUCAUCAGGACUAUAUAUUUGUCAUCAAGGAGGAACGUACACACAUCGUGCUCCUGAAUUACUUAAAGGUGAGAAAAUGACAACCAAGGCAGAUAUCUAUUCUUUUGCUAUUACUCUCUGGCAAAUGGUAACACAGCAAGAGCCUUAUCUGGGUGAGCGCCAGUAUAUACUUUACUCUGUGGUAGCAUGUAACCUGCGUCCCUCUCUAAAUGCAGCUGUGUUUAAAGGUUCAGCCACUGGCCAACAACUAGAGACAAUAAUUGAAAACUGUUGGGGAGCUGAUGUAGCCAAGCGUCCUAGCGCAGAAUGUCUCCUUCACAAUCUUCAUUGCUUGCCUGUAGUAGUAUAAAUAGAUUUUGUCUUAUCUUUUGCUACUUUUAUUGAUUAUUAUCUUUCUCCUAGCUAAAGUGUAUGUUAUUGAUCUUUGAUGCUUUCCAGAAAUAUAUAUAUUUAAAUAAAUAUUGCUCUAGACAUGAAGACAUGUUUUCUGCUCAUUAGGAUUCAGAGUAUUCAGUUUCUUAUUUAUUU